AUGCUGAACAUCUUAUACCAGUUUGUAUCCUCAAUAAUUUUGACAUGUUUCCUGUCUGUGCUAUUUUUCCUAUCGUUAUGGCAUAAUUUUGUUACAGUACAUUUUCAAAGUAAGCCAGAUCCAAGAGAUAUUAGAAGCUCACGAACAAAUAUUAAUCCACAUAAGAAACCCAGCCCGAAUAAAAUUAGGCGAUAUUCUAGAGCAUCUACUUCUUCUACUUCACCAUUAGAUUUAGAGAAUGAUGAUGAAAAUAACAUCGAAUACGAUCAUACAAUAACUAGCCUCAGAGCAAAUUUACCGAUGGAGUAUUUUAAAUCAACUAAUAAGACUCAAAAUAAUCCAGUUAAUGUACAAGAGGAAAACGAACAGUCACAUAUAUAUGAUAAUCCUUUUAAGACUGAUACAUUAUCACUGGAAGAUCAUAAGUUGGUACCUGAUUUGAAAUAUUACUACCAUCAAUAUAAUAUAGAAAUCGAAGAAUUUCGGGUCACUACAGAUGAUGGGUUUGUAUUAGAUUUAUGGCAUCUUGUUCCUUUAGGUGGAUCCGCGAAGGACCAACUGGGUAAAUACCCUCUAUUACUAUUGCAUGGCUUAUUACAAAGUGCUGGUGCAUUUGCAUCUAGUGGCAAAAGUUCUUUGGCUUACUAUUUAUAUGAACAGGGUUUCGAUAUUUGGUUAGGUAAUAACAGAUGUGGUUUUAAUCCAGAUUGGGAUAUGCAAAAAUUGAAUAAUGAUAAAAAGAAAAAAUGGGAUUGGGAUAUUCAUGAAAUGUGUCAAUAUGACUUAAAAUGCCUAAUAGAGUUCGUUUUAGAGAAGACUAUUCAUUUCGAGAAAUUAACCUUAGUCGCUCAUUCUCAAGGCACAACACAAAGCUUAUUAGGCUUAGUCAAUGGAGAAAAACUUUACAGCUCAAACUUUAAAUUGAUUGAUAAGGUAGAUAAUUUUGUGGCUUUGGCUCCGGCAAUUUAUCCAGGUCCAUUAUUAAAUGAAAAAGUAUUCGUCAGAUUUAUGGGUAUGGGCAUUGAUUCACCGUGGGUCUUUGGAACUAAAUCCUUUAUUCCUUUAAUGAUGUUCAUGAGAAACAUCGGUGCUGGAACUAAACUUUUUUCAUUCUUUUCAUAUAUUAUGUUUAACUAUAUGUUUGACUGGAACGAUGUUUUAUGGGAUAAACGAUUAAGAGAUCGUAAUUUUUUAUUCUCUCCGGUAAAUAUAUCAGUCAAAUUAAUGCAAUGGUGGCUAAGUUCAGAUGUUAACAAGACUAGUUUCAAAUAUGGUUCAAACAAAAUGUUUCCACAUGAUAAGACAUGGUUUCCAUUAAGACAUGAGAUGAAUGAGACUAGACAAGCACAACACAAUAUUCAUUUAAAUCCACCUCGUGAUACCGCAAAAGAUUUUCCACAAAUCAUGUUAUUCAUUCCAAAACAAGAUAGACUUGUAGAUGGUGAACGUCUAAUCAAUCAUUUUGUUAAUUAUGAAGAUAAUUCUGUCUAUAAGAUCUGGUACAUUGACGAAUAUUCCCAUCUCGAUGUAUUAUGGGCUUACGAUGUUAUCGAAAGAAUUGGUAAACCAAUUAUCAAUAAUAUAAGGUAUCCAAAUAAUCCCUUGGAUGAUACUAACACUAUAAUAACAGCUGCAACAUAA